AUGCGGUCCUUUCUGAGCAUCCUGCUCUCUGCCUCUCUGUUUCCGAUCAUCAAAUGUGUCUCUAUUCGAGCAGGUGGUGACCUGGAUGUCCAGAUCGCCAAUGGCGUCGUCCAUGGCACGAGUGACAAGGUGACUCCAUCAGUCAGGCAAUUUCUCAGCAUCCCAUAUGCCCAGCCUCCCCUCGGCAAUCUACGAUUCGCUCCGCCCCUCAAAGCCAAACCUUUCGGAAGCUUGGACGCAAAGGCCUUUGGGCCUGCUUGCCUACAGACAACCAACUCAAGCUACCCAGUAGACGAGUUCAAUAUCAAGGGACGUUUCGCUGAGGACUGCCUCUCGCUCAGCAUCUGGACCCCGUUCGGCAAAUCUAAGCCUGACAAGCUGCCCGUGUUUAUCUUUGUCCACGGCGGUGGCUUCAACAGCGGUGGCCAGAACACUCCCUAUCAGAUUCCCGCGCAAUGGGUUGAGCGAACAAAGGGGCAUGUGGUUGUCACCAUCAACUACCGUCUCACCCUUCUAGGUUUCGCCGUGUCCUCGGCUCUUGACGAAAUCAACGUCGGACUUCUGGAUCAACGGCUGGCCAUCGAAUGGGUCCGCGACAACAUCGCCGAGUUCGGUGGUGACCCUUCCCACAUUGUGCUGUGGGGACAGAGCGCAGGAGCCAUAUCCGUGGCUUACUACCCAUACUCAUACCCAGAUGAUCCCAUCGUCAGCGCCCUGAUUACCGACUCGGGAACAGAGGGGAGUCUCCCCAUCAAGCCCAAACCGAAAGCAGGCGAAGAAGACAAGGACUUCAAGACCGCGGCCAAGUACUUCGGGUGCGCUGAUAGUCUCACCCCAACCGCGCGAUUGGAGUGCGUUCGCAACGUGCCCGAGGACAAAGUUAGUAAGUGGCUGGACGUCACACUGGCCGACUCGAGCCAAUUGACGUACCCUCGACCCACGGUCGACGACAAAAUCAUCUUUGCCGAUUACGCCGAUUUGACGAAAAAGGGUCGCGUUGCGAAGAUUCCCGCCAUCAUCGGUACAAACUCAGGGGAACGACUACCCCUACUCUCCUCUCUUUUCCUCUGCCCCUCCUGGCGAACAGCAAACAACCGCCUAGCUGCCAAAAUCCCCACCUUCCGCUAUGAAUAUCACGGCGACUUCAAAAACAUCUCGCCAUUCGGCGCACAGCACUUGAUGGAGCUCCCCCUCCUCUUCGGCACACACCCAUUGUUCCGUGGCAACUCCACUGAGCUGGAAUGGCGCACCAGCUACGCGAUGCAGGACGCCUGGCUGGCGUUCGCAAAGGACGGCGUUAACGGUCUACGCGGUCAGGGCUGGCGCCUAUACGAUCGAUCUUUGGGUGGUAACGUUCGCUUUUUUGGCAAUGGUGUGCCUGCGAAGGAUGGGGAUACAACUGUGAAUGAACUGCUGUGCGGCCCGGCAGCAGCGCAGAAUGAUGUUGGUGAUGCUCAGCUUGCGAGAGAUUUGCUUGCGGAAGGUUUGGAGGGUUAGUGUGCUGAUCGAGGCAUACGUGACUCGUUUUAUUCAGUAGAGUUCGGUUUGUUUGUGUGCUUGUUAGGUGUUGGUUGAUACAAUAUGUGUGUAUUUACAGGGAGGAGUGGAUGUUGGAUGAUGCUACCUACGUGCUUUCAGGCACUCUCAGGUACAAGAUCUACUUUCUUAGUAGGCACAUGUAUUUGCAAGUACCUAUAUCAUUUCAUGAGUAGUAUGCAAUUAUCG